AUGAGAGGUUCCGCGCAUCUGUUACGAAACUAUCCGUGGCUUGGUAUUGCUCUGUCAGGGUUCGCAGGAACUUUCCUAAACUAUACAUGGUUCAGUAUUUCGUCGUAUGGUUUAGUGCUAAUUUUCUUAAACCAUCGUUGGUUCUGCAUUCCAGCAAAUGGUUCAGAACAGAUUCUCGCAAACUAUCAAUGGCUUCGUAAUCAUUCAUAUGGUUUCGUGAAACUCCUCCUGAACUGUCCAUGGUUUCGAAUUCCUUCAAAUAGUUCGGUACCGGCUUUCCCAAACUAUCCAUGGUUUGGCUCUGUCACACAUGGUUCCGUAGCAUUUUCCCCAAACUAUCCAUGGUUUCGAAUUCCUUCAAAUAGUUCGGUACCGAUUUUUCCAAACUAUCCA